AUGCAAAUCUUUGUAAAAACACUCACUGGCAAGACCAUUACACUAGAAGUGGUGUUGGAUGAUACGAUAGAAAAUGUUAAGACUAAGAUUCACGACAAAGAAGGUAUUCCACCUGAUCAGCAACGUCUCAUUUUUGCUGGCAAACAGCUCGAAGAUGGUCGAACAUUGAGCGACUACAAUAUUCUACAGGAAAGUACACUCCAUCUCGUUCUUCGUCUCCGUGGUGGCAUGCAGAUUUUCAUCAAGACAUUGACUGGUAAAAUGAUUACAAUCGAAGUUGAAUCUUCGGAAACAAUUGAAAAUAUCAAAGCAAAGAUCCAGGAUAAAGAAGGUAUUCCACCUGAUCAACAACGUAUCAUAUUUUCCGGAAAACACCUCGAAGAUGGACGUACAUUAUCAGAUUAUAAUAUUCAAAAGGAAGCAACCCUUCAUCUUGUUCUUCGUUUGCGAGGAGGACCUUCAGCAUUGGGAUUUGCUGUAGGUGGUGCAAAAGAUGUGAAUAAUUUUCGCCAAAAUAUUCAAAAUAAUUAUUUACCUAUCAUAACUGAUAUAUCCUAUGAAGGUCUAUUUAAUGAUUAUUUUUUUGAUACUGGUAAUCAACAUGAAGAUAAUGAUAAAAAACAAUUAUUUUGUCCAUCAUAUUCAAUGGCUGUGACAAAAAAUCCUUUACAAAUGAUAAAUGAGCAACAACUGUAUGAAUAUUACAUGACUGUUGGAUUGAAUUCAAAUCUAAAUGAAGAAACAUUUAAACGAAAUCCAAUGAAUCUAGUUAUUUGUGUCGACAUAAGUGGAUCGAUGUCAUCACCGUUCAAUCGUUAUCAUUACGAUCGUCGCCAUUCGAACAGUACUACUGAACAGAAUAGUGAAUAUGAUAGUCGAUCAAAAAUGUUGAUAACCAUUGAAGUUAUAUCAAAAGUACUGGAUCAUUUAAAGUCAAACGAUCGACUAGCCAUAAUUACAUUUAAUCAUGCAGCGUAUGUCGUUCAACCUAUGAAGAAAUUAAUUGAGCUCAAUAUCGAACAAUUGAAAAAUCAUUUAUCUGAAAUUCGUGCUGAUGGUGGUACAAAUAUGAGUGCUGGUAUUGACUGUAGUGCAUUAGCAUUUGAGACUGAUUCUUCAGUGAUAAAUAAUGAUUAUGAUAAUCGAAUUUUAUUUCUAACUGAUGCACAACCAAAUCAAGGUAGUUUAGAUACAGAAAGUUUUUAUUCACGCAUUGAAAAAUUGGCCAAACAACGUAUUUAUACAACAUUUAUUGGUGUUGGUAUUGAUCUCAAUACACAGUUAAUAUCUUCGAUAACAAAACAACGUGGAGCCAAUUAUUUUGCUGUUCAUGAUUCAAAAAAAUUUCUUCAACUAUUGGACAAAGAUUUUGAUUUGAUUUUGACACCAUUAGUAUUCAAUGUUGAAAUGAAACUUCAAUCAGAUUUAUUCGAUGUUGAAUAUGUUUACGGUUCACCUGAAUGCAAUGAAACUAAACAAGGAGAAUGUAUUAAAAUUAAUACAUUAUUUCCAUCACGAACAGACGAUGAACAACAGACACGUGGUGGUGUUGUUCUAUUAAAAUUGAAGACAAAAACAUCAAUAAUAGAUACUUUGACAACGACAGCAAACUUUUCAAUAACAUAUGAAGAUCGUCUUGGUAAUAAAUGCGAAGAAAAACAAUCGAUCUAUAUUCAUAUGAAAAAUGAGAUUAACUAUACAAAUACUGGUAUACAAAAAGCUAUUCUUCUAGUUAAUUAUGUUACACUAUUAAAAGAAUGGAUAAACCAUGAACGAGAACAUAAAUAUAAUGAAAAGAAAAAUUUAUUGGAUUUGAAAGAAACGAAUACUGAAAAAUUGAGUCCUUGGGAACGACAAUCAACUGAGUUGAUCAUAUCAAAACAAUAUCGAGAACAAUUCAAAACAUUCUUAACCUAUUUUGAAUCAGAAAUGGCACAAAUUCAAGAUAAAGAUUUGGAACAAGAAGUUAAAUUAUUAUCAAAAUUAAUUAAUUAUGAACAUUAA